AUGCCUCUAACCCAGAACGUACGCUGUUCCAGCGGUUUGUGGCCGCUAAUCGUCAUCCUGUUGCUCGUCCCGGGAGUGCUCGGAACACGUGUUCACGCAGACGAACACGUGGUCACAUCACCCAACGUGCGGCAGUUAACCGCAUCCGUCAACACGCGCCGGCUGGCAAACGUGCUCGAUGAUGCGUUCGUAAGCUUCUACGCCAAACCGCAGGACAUCUUCGAUGGCCAAGGCAAUCCGGUCAGCGAAACGAGCUUCCUGAUGGCGCAAAGUCUCGCCGGGACGUUCCUAAAGGUGGUGGCCGAUUCAACGCAGCUUCACCUGCAAACAACCGCCGGUCGCAGUGUCGUCGGUGAACCGGAUGAUCAUGAGCUGGUACAGAUCCGUGCCACAGCCUGGCAAGCGUUCUACGAUUGGGCACGCCGGGCCAGCGUUGUGCCAGUGUUUGUUCUCGACUACCCGCAGGACACUGGAGCUCCGUGGGAUGCGAAACGUGCGCUUGCGAUUUUAUCCGCGGCUAGUGCGCUUGGAAUCACGGAAUGCCGCUGGCAGUUGGGAAAUGGACGUGUUGGUGAUGCUACACAGUACGCGGACGAUUUGCGAACCUUCCGUACGAUGUUGAGUGCAUUUCCACAUCAACAAUGGGCGAUCGUAGCGUCCGAACUAAGCCCCGAGCUGGUUUCACUCGAAGAGGUGCAAUAUUUCCACGCCAACGCCGACAACCUCGUCGAAGCGAUAACGAUCACGAGGCCAUCGGCACACGGCAACGAUCGAUCGUGGAACUACACCACACUACAGCGCGAGAUCCACCUGCGAGGGCUCUCCAGGCAACGCCUCCCAAUAUGGCUCGAUUUGGAUGCCCCAAACACGCUACCACCGGAGCUGACGUCCGUGUGCUGUGACCGAUGCCUGCGGGAAGCGUUAGAGUACGCUCGAACGCUCGGUGAAGCCGCCCGAAGUGGUGUUAGCGUCGUCCUGAAGCCAUUACGCCGCGAGGACAUCCAGCAGUACACGCUCAACUACCUGAUCGCGCUGCUGUACAAACGCACCGUCGGUCGGAAGGUGUUUCCGGUGACACUGGACGCUUCCGGUGGGCAAACGUCCGUGUACGGAUACUGCACGCGAAACCGCACCGGUUCCCUAACGCUCGUCGUGAUCAACGGUGAUGAAACGGGUGCAACAAACGCCACGAUCAAGCUGCCAACACGAUCGUUAUCCUCCGCCGUCGAGCUGUUCUUGGUAGGCGUUCAAGAUGGCCGACCGGUGGUGAAUAAUCGCGCCCUUCCGGAGGACGGCAUGCCGACGGAACUAAGCCCGGUCACGGCCGUGACAACGCUCGCGCACGGUGUUAGCUUUUAUCUGCCCGCUGGAACCGUCCUGUUCGCGAUCGUUCCCGGUGUGCAGGUGCGUGAAUGUCGCCUCAAUCGCGACGUUGCUCGCCAAACGGGAAGCUUCCAGCACGAUCGCACCUCCACGGAUGUGCUGCUCGAGCAGCUGAUUGGCGAUCUGCUCGAACAAGUGCCACUGGAACCGUUGCAGCGCAAAAAGCGCUCGCUGUUGCACCACGAACACCACCAAGUAACGGAUCCGAAGCAUAAACGUAAACGAGGGUUUCGCAUUCGCGCGCCCACUCUUCCGGCACAAGAUGGCGGCCUUGCGGAGAGUCUCUCGAAGGCGCUGGAGAACCCAACACUGGCACCGGCGGAUGCGACGGAGCGCACCUCGCGUGGUCCUCGGCAAACGCAAGCGUACAAGCGUCGCCAGCGGCGCAUCCGGCAGCAGGAAAAGCGCGUGGAAAAGCGCAACCUGCGCAAGAUGAAGCACCCGUUGCGCGAUCGCUCGAAGCGGGGUGGAGAGGGAGGGCGUCUGAAGGGGGGUGCUUUCCAGGCGCACGCCCACGAGCGGUUGUUGAAGCGAAUGUCGGCCAAGCUGGCAAGCCGGAAGACGAAGCGUUCCUCGCUGGCGGAAGCGGUUAAUGAGCCACCGAGUUUCACCGGAAGUGAGGAAGAUGGAGAGCAGCUGGGACGGGAGGGUUUCCCGCUUGGUGACGUGCAUUUGGUGAUCUCGAAGGGACCGACCUCGGGUGAGCUGGAUGAGGAUGAGCUGAUGGAGCGCGAAAGGGAAGCAGCGGUGGAUGGACGCACGGUGGACGAACGGCGGAUGGUGGUGGAGUACCGGAAGUCGGGCGAAAGUCGGCGGAAGGCAGCACGAGCAAGGAGCACGGUGGGGCGAAGACGAGUGACGAUUAGUCAGCGAGAUUUUCCACGCUUUGGACCGGGCCGGAAGUGGGCGGAAAGUGACGCGGCACGGGACGAUUGUUCGAGACGUGCCACGGCGGGUAGGCGUGUUCCGGUGGGUGAACCGGAAGGACAGGAAACGACACAGUACGAUCGGUUCAUGACGAUCCGACGGGAACAGGAAGCGGAAGUGGCUGUCGACGAGGAAAGUGCCCCAGCGAGUGAGGUUCAACGACCGGUAGUGCAGGAACAACACGACCCGGAUGUGGCGCAGGAAAUGGAAGUGACCGGAAGUGCGCUAAUGGAGCAACCGGAAGAAGAGGAAAUGAAGCUUUUUACACCAGCCCCAAGCAGGACGAGCGAUGAAUUUAUGCCACGGCUUGAUCCCACCACGGCCUGGUCACUGGAAGCUACCUCGGCUGACGUCACAGAGCUCGUGGAACAACCGCGUCAUCAUCACUUCCACGAUCGGUAUAAACGAUCAGCUAGGGAGCUCGUUGCCUCUCAAGAAGUCGAUCGGUUGGAGGACUUUUUCCGUACGAACGUAAAGCUGCAGCAAAAAUUUGCCGAAAUGUUCGAUCUUCUGCUCGAAGCGAUCGAAGAGCUGGAAUCGGAAGAGAACGACGCCCACGAGGUGCUUUCCGAUGACGCUGGUGAUGACGUACGUGAUGACGUGGGCGUUGAGGGGAUGCAUUUAAGGCGAACCAAGCGCAACGUGCUGCUACAUCCACAAUCGUGGGAAUCACGUGAACGAUCGAACACGAUUCGACGGCAGCGUGGUUCCGAGGAGACGUCAAGUGAGAACCACAUCUUGCCGGAAGUGGACCGGAACCAUCGGCCGACGAGUGCACCGGAACCAAGCGAACCGGCGUCCCAAGGCGGGGACGGUGGAGACGGCGGAGAUGGCGGAGAUGAGGGUAAACCGGGGGCGUUUAUGCUGCGAUCGGUGGUGAAUUUUAUGCGCCGAGCGACGAGCGAAUUCCAUCAGCUAUUUGCGGGGUGGUUUGGGAAGACGGCGUGA